CAAGGACCUUUGAUUUCAGAGCCUGAAGCUCCACCCAGUGUUUUGUUUAUAAGUCUCAGGCUUAGCCAGGGUCUGGACGCUGCUCCCGUCAUUCUGAAAAGCCAUCGAGUGUGAAAAUGGCCACAGCGGGGAAGGUCAUCAAGUGUAAGGCAGCAGUGGCCUGGCAAGCAAAGCAGCCUUUGACAAUUGAGGAGAUUGAAGUGGAACCGCCGCAGGACAACGAGGUCCGCGUUAAGAUAGUGGCAACCGGCGUGUGCCGUACCGACCUCUUCUACCUGAACAAAAGCGACAAUAAGGAGCUCUUCCCCAUAGUGCUCGGCCACGAGGGAGCGGGCAUUGUGGAGAGCGUCGGUCCCGGGGUCACGGAAUUUCAACCAGGCGACAAAGUCAUCCCUUUGAUCAUCUCCCAGUGUAGAGAGUGUCGCUUCUGUAAGAGUCCCAAGACCAACCAAUGUGAAAAAGCAUGGCAUGUUGUUCCUCACAACGUGAGCCAAGCGCCCACCUCCAAGUUAAACUGCAAGGGGAAGAAGUUGCUGCAGUUUAUGGGAAUCAGCACCUUCUCACAGUACAGUGUGAUUAACCAGAUUGCACUGGCCAAGAUUGACCCCGCUGCCCCUCUGGAGAAAGUCUUUCUCCUUGGCUGUGGGAUCUGCACAGGAUUUGGAGCGGCGGUCAAUAAUGCUCAGGUGGAACCCGAUUCCACUUGCGCUGUGUUUGGGCUAGGAGCUGUGGGCUUGGCUGCAAUCAUGGGCUGCAAAUAUGCCGGUGCCAAGAAAAUCAUCGCCGUGGAUAUCAACGCAGACAAGUUUGACAAAGCAAAGGAGUUUGGAGCCACCCACUUUGUCAACCCAAAGGAUCACGACAAAGCCGUCAACCAGGUGAUAUCCGAGAUGACAAACGGCGGCGUGGACUUCUCUCUGGAAUGUGUGGGCGAUGUCAAACUCAUGCGCACCGCCUUGGAGUCCUGCAUUCCCGCCUGGGGAGUAAGCGUGAUCGUGGGCUGGACCGACAAGGAAGAUUUCUCCGCUCGUCCUAAUGAUCUCAUCGGUGGACGCACGUGGAAGGGCUCAGUGUUUGGAGGUUUUAAGGGUAAGGACGGUGUGGCAAAAAUGGUUCGAGCCUACAUGGACAAAAAAGUCAAGUUGGAUGAGUUUAUCACUCACAAAAUGACUUUGGACGACAUCAACGAAGCCAUUGAGCUGCUGAAGGAGGGCAAAAGCAUUCGAACAUUCCUGAGUGUUAGUCCGCAAUAAGUCAAUUGGAAGGAAGGGAUUUUAUAGUCAUUUCUCCACAUUUCCAUAACUCCCAAAAAGUCUUAAGGACAUGAUACAACAAGACCACUUGCACCAUCCAGUCAUAUGCAUGUAUGACUGGAUGCAAAUAAGGACAACUCCAAAGAAUAAUGCAUGUUUUCAAACAUGAGAUGAUACAAAUAAACCAAAGAGAUCAGUGA